AUGUCCACGUUCACAGCUCUGAAUGGCGGCUCGCCCAAGGCGACCGAAGGCAUCAAUGGAAGUGUGGAUGUUCCCCGUGCGAGUCCUACAGAAAGAACAAACGGCCAAGCCACCGGCACGGACGCUAGAAGGGCCGGCGAGGUGUCGACAAGCCAGAGGGAUCGGGAAAACUGGACCGGACCGAGCCACGAUCGCCCACCAUAUCCGUCCGCCAGCUAUCCGGAUGUGGAGGGGUCUCACAAGCGCAAGCGAUCAGAGUCUGAUGAACCGAGGCGAGAGCACCGAGACGACCACCGGGACGACCGAGACCACCGCGACCACCGCCAUUCACCACCAGAGCGAUCAGAGUCUCAUGGGCGCAAUCGACCACACUCAGAAUCACGUGACUCGUAUGAAACUCCGCAGAGAGACUAUCGGUCAUACGCCGAAGAAAUCCGCGAGCGCGAGCGCGAGCAGAACGAUUCUUGGUAUGCUCAGCGUUCCCGAGAGGGGCAGAGUACCCCGUACGAGCGCCACCAUUCAGGUGGGCCGAACUCGGCCCAGUCGGAUGAGCAGAUUGGGGAAACUCUCCGAAGGGCAACGAGUCAGCUAGACGCCAGCGACUAUGGCAACACGAGCCCGGGUGGAGACGAGAGGUCAGCGUCCAUGUAUUCGGGACAGUAUGGCGAGCGGCGAGAUGGCGUUAUUCAGUCUGAUCCGAAGAAGAGGAAGAGGAACUUCAGCAACAGGACUAAGACUGGAUGUCUUACUUGCCGCAAGAGAAAGAAGAAGUGCGACGAGACGAAGCCGGAGUGUAGCAAUUGCAUCCGCGGCAGUUUCGUAUGUGCUGGCUAUCCUCCCCAGCGAGGAUCAUGGCCCAAGCCGGAGAACAAGCCAACAACGAUCCAAAUCGAAUCGAAGGAUCCCACAUAUGUCCCACCUGGAGCAUAUGGGAUGCCGCAACAAGCUCCGUACACCAACCAACCCAUUAUCAGCCAGCAGCAGAAACGCGAGCCUCUCCCAUCUUACCGUGGACAGCCGCUCCGGAUUGACCCACCUCAGAGUCGACCUCUUCAGUCAGAUGACGACCGGCCCACUGCAUCGACUCUUCCCAGCGCGUCCAUUGCCAGCCCGGACAACAAGCUCUCCGCCAUGUCCGCCUAUCCCACGGCUGCGAAUGCCUUCCCCACGCCUGUCAGUGCUGCUCCCAUGACGGCAUUCUCGGACCGGACGCCCAAGGAGUAUCAACGAGUCCCGCCCCUCCACGACCUGACCCGAACAGAUCCGGAGCAUUCACAGCAGGGCGAGAAUAAUCUGCCUCGGAUCAGCGUCCUUAAUCCCACGAGGACGAACAGCCCUUCGUCGCAGCCCUCGCAAGCUCCUCUCCACCAGACCAGCGGCGUGCAGGCUACUGCGCAACUCGCACUCUCUCACGCGCAAUUCCCGUCGAAUAGGCCGCGGCGGGAGAAGGAGGAAAUGCUCAACGGUCGGCAGUAUUAUCCCUUCGACAAAGAGCUUGUUCUGGAGCGGGAGAGAUGCAACGCGGCCUGCUGGAGGUUUAACAACUCAACCAAUCCGAACAUUGGCGUCUCACCGGCGGAGCGGGCUAGACUCUUCCGAGAGGUCCUCGCUCCGCCACAGGGGAUCCAGAUCUCGCCGACUGUCACGUCACCCGUAACACAUGCUGGGAGAGUGGGCGAUAACGCCACGGUUGAGGCACCCUUCAACUGCGAUUACGGGUACAACAUCCAAAUUGGCGACAAUGUUUCCAUCGGUCGCAACUGCCUGAUCAACGAUGUCUGCAAGGUCAAGAUCGGCAACAAUGUUUUGAUCAGCCCCAAUGUUUGCAUCUAUACCGGCACCACCACGACCAACCCGCAUCGCCGCUACGGUAACAGAGGCACUCAGUUUGGAAAGCCCGUUGCCAUUCAUGAUGAUGUUUGGAUCGGCGCCAACGUUGUCAUCCUCCCAGGCGUAACAAUCGAGAAGGGCGUCACGGUUGGCGCCGGUUCAGUCGUCACAAAGGAUCUCCACGCCUUUACCAUAUAUUGCGCUCGAGGCGUUACCGAAGAAGUCAGGCAGAUCGCCAGGUAG